AUGAUACUUUCCAGAAAUUAUGAAAGCAAUAGUAAUCUGACUUCAUAAAAUGGAGAACUUCUGUGUUCAUAAACACUAAUAGCUUAACAAAGUCCAUGCUUGAAUAAAUUAUAUCAAACUGAAUCUCCAUUGAAAAGAGUGAGAACGUUGAUAAAUCUGAGAAUCAAAGAUAAAGAAACGAUAAUAAAUAGAAUUAGUAAGAGUUUUGAAUUAAGAAAUGUGAGGAAUACAAAAAAAUAAUAAUAAAGAAGAAAAAGUGGUUCGGAACAACUAUCCUAAAAGUAGGUAAAACACAUGUACUAUGAAAUAAUAGCUACAUCUAGACUAUUAGUAUCCUAAGACAACCGUUAAACACUAGGAAGUUAUAACCAACGAGCUACAAAGGACUAAGGAACGAAAACGGACUGUAUUAAAGAGAAUGUCUAGCAUUCUCCUCAAACACCAAACCACGAUUCGUAAUAUUAAUAACCAAGGGAAUUAGAGAGAGAGCGAAGUCUAGUUACUCAUACUUUAAUAACAAUAAUAAGGAAAUGAUGAACCCAAUGUUCCUUAAUCUCAAGAAGUGAAAAAACAAAAACUAAGAUCUUUUGUCUUAGAACCUGAACAAUCUAAAGUAGUCUUAAAUGUUUCUCGAAAAUCCAAAAAGCCAUUCGCUUCUAUCUAAACUUACAUAAACGAAAAAGCAACAAUGUAAGCCAAAGAACAAACAAUGAAUCCUAAUAAUAUUGUGAAUUAAACAAAUCCAUUCAUGACCUACACAGGUUUUCAGAGUCUCACUGAAAUGAAUGGAUUAAUCUAAAAUAAAUCCCUAAUUAAUUUAGGAAGGUUUCAAGUAAUCAAGCCUACAUAUCCUCUACCAAAAAUAAAAAUGAUUUGUUCAGCCAGGAAUAAUUGCUCGCUGCUUGACACAAAUUUCCUAAAACAAAAGAAACCGAAUAUUAUUUCUGGAAACCUGUAGAGGAAAUAGAGGAUUUCAACAAAUUCAUGA